AUGGAUUCUGACAUGGAUUAUGAAAGACCAAACGUAGAGACCAUCAAGUGCGUUGUGGUCGGGGACAACGCCGUGGGCAAGACCAGGCUCAUCUGUGCCCGGGCCUGCAAUGCCACCCUCACGCAGUAUCAGCUGCUCGCCACCCACGUGCCCACAGUUUGGGCCAUCGACCAGUAUCGGGUGUGCCAGGAGGUGCUGGAACGCUCCCGAGACGUGGUAGAUGACGUCAGUGUAUCCCUGCGCCUCUGGGACACCUUUGGAGACCACCACAAGGACCGUCGCUUUGCUUAUGGGAGAUCCGAUGUGGUGGUUCUGUGCUUCUCCAUUGCCAACCCCAAUUCCCUGCACCAUGUUAAGACCAUGUGGUACCCAGAAAUCAAGCACUUCUGCCCCCGAGCACCUGUCAUCUUGGUGGGCUGCCAGCUUGACCUGCGCUAUGCCGACCUGGAGGCUGUCAAUAGGGCCAGGCGACCCUUGGCUAGACCCAUCAAACCCAAUGAGAUCCUUCCCCCAGAGAAGGGCCGGGAGGUGGCCAAGGAACUGGGCAUCCCCUACUAUGAGACCAGUGUGGUAGCCCAGUUUGGCAUCAAGGAUGUCUUUGACAACGCCAUCCGGGCCGCGCUCAUCUCCCGCCGGCACCUGCAGUUCUGGAAGUCCCACCUCCGCAAUGUGCAGCGGCCUCUGCUGCAGGCCCCCUUCCUGCCCCCAAAGCCACCGCCCCCCAUCAUCGUGGUGCCCGACCCCCCCUCCAGCAGUGAGGAGUGCCCCGCCCACCUCCUGGAGGACCCGCUCUGUGCGGACGUCAUCUUGGUGCUGCAGGAGCGGGUGCGCAUCUUUGCCCACAAGAUCUACCUCUCCACCUCCUCCUCCAAGUUCUACGACCUGUUCCUCAUGGACCUGUGUGAGGGGGAGUUCGGGGUCCCCUCUGGGCCUGGGGGCCCCCACCCAGAGGACCACCGGGGUCAUCCUGAUCAACACUACCACCAUCACCACCACCACCACGGGCGGGACUUCCUGCUUCGAGCGGCCAGCUUUGACGUGUGUGAAAGCGUGGACGAGGGUGAGGGCUCUGGUCCUGCUGGACUCCGGGCCUCAACCAGUGAUGGGAUCUUACGGGGCAAUGGAACAGGGUACCUACCAGGGAGGGGUCGAGUGCUCUCCUCCUGGAGCCGCGCUUUUGUGAGCAUCCAGGAAGAGAUGGCAGAAGAUCCUCUGACCUACAAAUCCCGGCUGAUGGUGGUGGUAAAAAUGGACAACUCCAUCCAGCCGGGGCCCUUCCGGGCUGUUCUCAAGUACCUGUACACAGGGGAGCUGGAUGAGAAUGAGCGAGACCUCAUGCACAUCGCUCACAUUGCCGAGCUGCUGGAGGUCUUUGACCUACGCAUGAUGGUGGCCAACAUUCUCAACAACGAAGCCUUCAUGAACCAGGAGAUCACCAAGGCCUUCCAUGUUCGCCGGACCAACCGGGUUAAGGAAUGCUUGGCCAAAGGCACCUUCUCAGAUGUGACCUUCAUCCUGGAUGAUGGGACUAUCAGUGCCCACAAGCCCCUGUUGAUUUCCAGCUGUGACUGGAUGGCUGCCAUGUUUGGAGGGCCAUUUGUGGAGAGUUCCACCAGGGAGGUGGUGUUCCCAUACACAAGCAAGAGCUGCAUGAGGGCAGUGCUGGAAUACCUCUACACGGGCAUGUUCACCUCCAGUCCUGACCUGGAUGACAUGAAGCUUAUCAUCCUCGCCAACCGCCUCUGCUUGCCACACUUGGUUGCCCUCACAGAGCAGUACACGGUGACUGGGCUGAUGGAAGCAACCCAGAUGAUGGUGGACAUUGAUGGGGACGUCCUUGUGUUCCUGGAACUGGCUCAGUUCCACUGUGCAUACCAGUUGGCCGACUGGUGCCUGCACCACAUCUGCACCAACUACAACAACGUGUGCCGCAAGUUCCCCCGAGACAUGAAGGCCAUGUCCCCAGAAAACCAGGAGUAUUUUGAGAAGCACCGCUGGCCGCCAGUCUGGUACCUCAAAGAGGAGGAUCACUAUCAGCGAGCCAGGAAGGAGCGUGAGAAGGAGGAUUAUCUCCACCUGAAACGGCAGCCCAAGCGGCGAUGGCUAUUCUGGAAUGGCCCUUCCUCUCCUUCCUCUUCUGCGGCCUCCUCGUCCUCCCCAUCCUCAUCCUCGGCUGUGGUCUGAGAUGCCUCCACCCUCUUCUGACCCUGCUGCUGUUGUCCCCAUCGGCCCUCGCCCCUCUGCUCUUCCGCAUCGCCCCCUCCACCUCCAGAGACAAGGGGACCCACAUAACCAGGCCCCAAAGGGCAGAGCUGUUCUCACCAGCCAACGUAGCUCAGCAAGAGAGGAGCCAGGCCCUGUGGAUCAGGACAGGGGCUGCCUCCCGAGGUCCCUGAUUCCACAGCAGGGCAGGAGACAACUGCUGGGAGGCAUGGAGCGGGGAAAGAGCUAAGAGGGUGCUGGCAUCCUAUCAUUGGGUUUGAGAACCCCAGAGUCAAAGGAACAUCUUCCCAGCCCUAAGGCUCCAGGGCUUGUCUGUGUGUCUUGGUCUGUGCUAUGGCUGGGGACACAGCACCCCCACCCCCAAUGAGGAAAAGGGAGCAGGGAGGGUCCCGCCUCUGUUGGCCGUGUUUUUCCACCAAUAGACUUGAGAGCCGCCAAUGUUUUCUGGGCAUUUCCACCUGGAACCUACUCAAGUCCUCACUGGAGAAGUCAGGGUAGAAAUUAGCCUUUAGAGCCAAACUCAAGGCUUCUAGAUGCUUAGUGCAGCUGCAAGAUGUAAGGGCUGCCACCUUGCUGGCAUCCCUCCCUGGGCUGUAGGCGACUGAGCCUGAUAAACUGUGGGAAGGUGGUUCGGAGCUCCGGGCCUAGAUGCAGCACCUCUGAGAGCAAAGAGAAACGCCUCCCGCCCACUUCCCUCACCCCCUGGCUUCCUCGAACCUCCCUCAGAUUUGUAGAUAUGAACCAAAGGGAACAACUGGGAUGGGGGAGGGAGAAGGAAGGGAGGGUAUGGGAGGCUGUGCCCAGCAAUCCCCAAUGCUCCCCUGGGCCCCUGCCCUGCCUCUGGUUAGCGCUGCUUUUUGGGGGUGGGGCAAAGUUAGCAAAAAAAAAAAAAAAACCCCAAACAAAAAUCACCACUAACAAAAACACUCUAUCCUCUUUUCCCCUAAAGAAUGAGAAACAGCAAAAGAUCCUAUAUAACUUAGAUUUUUAUAAAGCCAAACAGAGGCCCCCAUAAUGAUGAGACAAACAGUUGAGCUGUAGAAUCAACUCCAGUGGCUUUCAGGAAAGAGACUGUCACCUUCCCUGAGACUGCCCCGGCCCUGCUGGGCUGGCUCCUGACAUGCGGCUGAUUAAGGCUUCUAGGGGUGGGGAGUGUCUCACCCAGGGCUGGAACACAGCGUUGGCCCCUUGCCUUAGCCACCUGGAGAAGGCAUGGUGUAUUCUCCACCUCGAGGGGUGUCCCCUUAGGAUGUUUAUCGUGUGAGGCUUGGGGUAUUGGUCAAGGGUCAGGAGAAAGGCCCCGAGCUGGAGAAUGGAGUCACCUGUGAUGAAGGGUCAUAGACAAAUCCCUUCCUAGUGCUGGUUUGGGGAAAAUGGUCAGAGAAAAGGAGAAUUGGGCAGGAGCAAAUGCAAGGACAAUCCAGAGAAGAUCAAGGAUGAGUCUUGAUGGCAGAAGAUCACAACAGCGGCUUACUGCCCCAGCCGUGCAAAAGUUGGGCCACAACUGAUCCCUUCUGUUUUCUAUCCUGACCUGUCGCACCCCUAGCACCCUUUUUGGACUUCAAAGACCAUGUCCCGCUAAUGAGGGGCAGAGCCAGGGCAGCAUGAGGACACAGCUCAGGGCUCCCGGAGUCACCUGGGCUCAGAACGAUGCUUUAAGGGGAGUGACGGACUUUCCAUCCCAGUGUCUGGCUGGGGCUCCACCCCCAGAAUUCUGCCUUUAGGUAAAAGGUAGAGCAAACCCAGAAACAAAGGCAACCUGUGCAACGGUUUUGUGAUAUCAAGACCUAGAGAUUUCAGGUUAAAUCUUCCUUAACAGAGGGAGCAGCAGGUGGCAGGUGGAGCAGGUCUAAAGUGACUGAAGACCAGUGUUGCAUGAGCCUGAGACCCCAAGGCUGUGGCUGCUUCUGCACUACAAGUCCUUCCCCAGGACCUGCUGCCCUCUGCUGGCCGGUCAGCCUCCCUGCAGGACGCCAGGAGCCCAGGUUCUUAGACUCCAGGGUAACAGGAGAGGCCAGUGGCAGGGCCAGGAAGGGACAGCCCCAGGGGAGAAGCACAGAGCGCCCCAGGGGUCGAGGGCAGUACCGUGUACCGCACCAUCCAUCAGGGAAGGGGCACAGAGGUGGCGGCACACCUGGGCUCGCAGUGUCCCAGGAAGUGCAGAGGAGAGGAAGAGCUGGGUCACAGAGAACAGGUUAGGGGCAUAGAUCUCCCAGGCACCUGCAGGGCCAAGCACUCAGGGUCCACCAUGAGGAGGGAGGAAGGGCCACUGGGGGAGAGAAGGUGCAGGUUCUCGUGGAGUUGGAGGAAGCCCACGGGACCGUGGCCACAGAACCACCCCAGCAGCCAGGGCCAGCGAGCCCCUCAGGGACCCACUGCCCCUUCCCCAACAGCUCUGUCAGAGCCAACCCACACCGCACCAGAGCCCGGCAGCCCCAGGUGCCACCCAGAGAAACCACCCUCAGGGGCUCCGGGUGAGCCAGGCCAAGGCUGGUGUCUCCUGUCCCCGGAAGGGAAGGGCAGGCAGGAGGGGAGCAGGUGCUGAAUUCCUGCCCCCGAGGAACCUGGUACCUGCAAGAAACCCACCCAUGCAGGGCAGACCAGAGGGCAUCCAGGGAGAGAGGAAGGAGUUCCAGAGCAAGAAUGUACACCCCUGAACUUAUGACAUCUGAGUUGUUUCCAAAAGAGGAUGGGAGCGUGGGGGAGGAAAAAAAAAUCUUUUUAUAUAAGGUUUCAUAUUUAAUUUGGUCAUGAAUUCAUAAAUACAUAAGUAUUUUGUA